AUGUCGCAACAAAAAGCCCCGGCCCAACACUCGAAAGCAAUGUACUCCGAGUCCGCUCAAACCCAUGCAGACGACGAAGCUCGCCAGGACUCGGACGACGAACCCAUGGUCUACAGGAUUCCAAAGGACUACGCUACUAUAGCGCGUCAGGAGCGCCACAGCCUCCUCGCUGAAGGUGCUGAUCCUGACUCGGUCAUCCUACAGAGCGAAUUACACAAUUAUGUCCCUCGAAGAGAAAAAGACUCUAUUGACCAAUAUGCGAAGCGUUACGCCGAUACUAUGAUGGACAUGACUCGUCGCGGCGUUCGGAUUCUGAACGAUAUGCUUACAGGCGAUACGAUGCCAGACACAUUCGAAACCGCGUCUGGCAAAGUUUUUGAUUUAGGCCCCGAAUCGGGCUCGACAAAAGGGGAGUAUCGUGAAUUCAGGCACUGGCUCUUGGGGGUUCAGGGAGCAGAACAAAUUGAGGUGCCGGAGAAGUGGUUGAAGUUUGAGAAGCCAGGCGAAGGGAAACAUUAA